UAUAAGUGGCAUUAUUUCUUCAUAUAUAGAGAUUGAAAGAUUUUAUUGGAAUACAUACGAUAAUGGAUGAGAAAGCUUGGUACGAGAAUGCUUUGAUCGAGAAAACCAUGCAUGAUUUGUAUGAGAAAGCCAUGCAUGGAGAUGCUACUGCCAUAUCAGAAUUGAAGAUGAAAGCAGAUGAACUUGAGAAAGAUGGAAAAACUAUUCUCCUCAGAGAAUGCCUUCUUGGAGAUACAGAGCGUGUGCGAUUCAUUUUGAGGGAGUUUGCGGACAGAAACAUCCUGGUCAAGCCCAGCUCAUUUAAUGAUACUGCACUCUCGUUGGCAGCAUAUCGUGGACACACUAAAGUGGUUGAGGUUCUCAUUGAAGCAGCUACAAAUUUUCCUUGGGCUUCUGCAGCUGAUAAUCCGAUUACUCCUCUUCAAGCUUUUGUCAGGCAACCUGAUAAAUAUUCAACCACGGCCUUACAUUGUGCAGUAAGGUAUGGUUCCGUGGGCUACGUGGAUAUUGUCAAGCUACUAGUAAAGGCGGAUCCAAGUGACAGACAUAUUCCGGACGAGGAAGGUAAAACUCCCAUCUACUGGGCUGCAGAAAGAGGUUUAAAAGAUAUAAUGGAGGUGAUCUGUACAACUUCGGCCGCUCAGUCUUUAGAGGGUCCUGGCACGACUGCUUUUCACGCUCUUAUUAAGGAGAACGGACAAGCGGAGAAGAAAGAUAUAACUAUGAUGGGCGUCAUCAUCAACGCAGUUAAACGUUGGAGCAGUGCAGAGGGUGCAUCAGAAAAUGAUUUUGAAGCAUUAUUCGAUAUCACUGAUGAUUCUGGUCGAAAUGUUUUAGAUCUAGCAGUGGAAAGGAAUAAUUAUGACGCAGCUCAGCUAAUAUUACAAGAAGAUCCGGCAUAUCUUCGUGGAAGUAAAAAAACUGGUCUCAUGCGUUUAAUUUUCAAACUCAUUGAUGAGGAUAACAAGGAUCUUCGCAAAUUACUCUCUAAAACAUACCAGGCUGGGAUCGACUCUCGUUAUAAAGGUGUUCACGAUUUGAUCCUUGCUAUACAAAGACGUGAUAAAGAAAGGGUAUUGAGUUUCUUGAGAGAUUCUAAACAACUUCUAAGUUUUGCUGAAGAAGAAGGGUGGACAAUACUUCACUAUGCUGCUUAUCAUGGAUUUGAUUCAAUAUUAGAUGUUAUAAUAGAAGGACAAAUGGAUGUUGGAUAUCAAUUUGAGUACAAAGAUAAAGUAUUAACACCGCUUCUUGUAGCAGCCGAAAGAGGACUUACUUCUACAGUAAUACGACUUAUGCAGUUAUGGCCAACCUCGUCACCUGCAUACACAGCUAUUAAUAAAAUUGGUAGAAAUAUACUUCAUAUAGCGGCAGCUGGAAAUAAACUGGAGAUGAUACAAGGGAUUUUGAAAUAUUGUCCUGAAAUAUUUAAGGACGAGAUUUUGAAACAGCAAGAUGACAAUGGCGAUACACUUCUCCAUCUACUUAUCUCCCACGGUUGUUUUGUUCCGGAACUUAUAAAACAUACGGGACUUGAUACAAUGGCAAAAAAUAAGAGAAACUGGACUCCGCUGGACAUGCUGUAUCUAAGGGACGAUAUUAUUGCUGACCAGGUACAAAUAAAAUUUGCAAUAAACAAUAUCUGUAAACAGUCUCCAAGAUUUUGGCCGGAUAUAUCAGAAAGUAUAGUGCCCUUCAAUAAACGGGAGAAAAAAGAUGUGAUAUUUAAAGAAAAGACAAAAUUGUUGAUGGAUGAAGAGCAAGCACAUAGCGAAUUAGAGAAGAAAAAACACCUACAAACGUACAAAAAGAGGACAAACACCCAAAUUAUAGUAACUGCUCUCAUAACAACCGUAACUUUCACGGUGGGAUUUACCAUGCCUGGUGGUUUGUAUCAAAGUGGAGGAAUUGACCAAGGAUUGGUGAUUUUUUCGAAAAAGGCAGCUUUUAAUACCUUUAUGGUAUCAGAUGCAAUAGCUCUACUACUGUCAACAUCUUCAUUGGUUUUCUACUUCCUGGAAUCUAUGAAUGAAGAUCCUCACCAAGUUCGAAAACUCAAUGCUGCAUCUACUGGGCUUAAUAUUGUUUCUGUCAUAGCUAUGAUGUUAACUUUCAUUGCAGGAACAUAUGUGGUGUUAUCCAAAUCACCAGGCCUCGCCAUCAGCGUUUGCGUUAUUUGUUCUCUUUUCUUUCUUCUUAUCAUUGUUUUAUCGAUCAAGAUAUUCUAUAACGGUCGGAUAAAACGAAACAAUACAAGUUGAGUGUGCUUGUUUUUCUUAUCA